GAAAGAGAAGGAAAGAUAAACGAACUGUCACUGACGUUACAUAUUCAAGAUGGCAGACUUUGACGCCUUUGAAAGUGCUCCUCAAGACGAUCCAGCCGCUGAUUUUCUCGCUCGAGAACAAGACGAAUUGAAGGGACUAGAUGACGAUAACUUCGGAGGUAAUGCCAAUGGAGACUAUGACCCUUUUGGUGGCAGCAGUGAACAGCCCACACAGUCCGGCUACUCGUUUGGCCAAGAUGACAUUGGAGCAGCCCCUCAGUAUGACGACUAUGGUCAGCAUGUUCAGACUGAUAACUACUACAAUGAGGAGACGGAGGACACCGGCUACUCUGCCAUCUCCCAGGUGGACAGAAUGAGAGCGGAGCCGGAAAAGAUUCGCAUCUGGAGGGAAGAGAAUACCAGGAGGAUUGAGAAGAAAGAUGGGGAGGAGAAGAAGCGUAUAGAGGAAUGGAGGACAAUUGCCAAGAAGGAGCUGGACGACUGGUACAAACACCACGAUGAGCAACUGAACAAGACUAAGGAGAACAACCGGGAAUCUGAGGCAGCUUUCAUUGCGGACCGCGACGAGACUCAGCCAGGGGAGGAAUGGGAGAAGAUUUGCAGACUCUGCGAAUUUAACCCAAAGAAUUCAAAGAACACAAAAGAUAUUUCACGCUUUCGUUCAAUCCUCCUGCAACUUAAACAGACACCUCUAGUCCGAUAGAUCGUUUGUUGUAUUUUUGCUGAGUAUUGAGGUGGCUUGAUGUCUAGACUCCAACGCUGGCAACAUUCAAUGUAAUAUUGAACGCACACCUUCUGAAUUCAAGUAGGGUAGAAUUUGUAAAAUGAGAAACACAAGAGUUUAUAAACCUCCCUCUGGGAAACCGGGCUAAAUGCAUCUGCUUAAAGUGUCAUCGCAGAUUAGCCUGUGCAGUCUACACAGGCUUAUCAGGGAUGAAACUUUUGGCUUUUAUAUAAUUUUUCUUUAAAAAGAAGUAUUUUGUUAAUGAAAAUUCACUCCAAGUGGAAAGUGUCAUUCCUAGCUCAUAAAGACUGCAUUAAGCGCCCUUUUCCCAAAGCGGAGUUCAUAUAUAUUGCCAUUGUGGAUGUGCACUGGUCGAUUUUGUUAACUAGGUUACUCAGUUUGAAGAAAGUGAGAUGUAUUUGGUUAUAUUUUACCCACGAAAUUAUCAUAGCAUAAAUGUGCAAUACAGAAAAUGUUAGGUAACUUUCUAUGUCCUUGAUGCAUCUUCAAUAAGGCAAAUCUUUUAUCUUUUUAACAACAAUAAAUAUAUAUUUAUUGUUACACAUUUCAUUAUAACAUUCCAGUGCUAAGCAAUCUUAACAAUUGUACAUGUUUUCACCUUAAAUUGAGCUUCAUAAUUUGCAAGUGACAUCAAUUCUCCUGAAGGAGUUCAUUUCGUAAUACUUUAAAGUUGUGAAUUUUUAACCAGGUUUUCCGAAGGAAAAAACUGGUUAUUAGAUUGCCGAUUGCGGGCGGGCUGGCGGGCGGGCGGAACAAGCUUGUCCGGGCCAUAACUAUGCCGUUCAUUGUCAGAUUUUAAAAUCAUUUGGCACAUUUGUUCACCAUCAUUGGACGGUGUGUCGCGCGAAAUAAUUACGUCGAUAUCUCCAAGGUCAAGGUCACACUUUGAGUUCAAAGGUCAAAAACGGCCAUAAAUGAGCUUGUCCUGGCCAUAACUAUGUCAUUCAUUGUGAGAUUUUAAAAUAAUUUGGCACAUUUGUUCACCAUCAUGGGACGGUGUGUCCCACGAAAGAAUCAUGUCAAUAUCUCCAAUGUCAAGGUCGCCACGACUGAAAAUAGAUUUUUUUUUUAAACAAACUUACAAAGGGGGUUAAUUUUGUUUGUUCAUUUCAAAAGUUCAGUUUGAGUUUUCUCCCUUUAUCAGAUUUUUUUUCACAAUGAAAACCUGGUUUUGUGACAAUUUUGUCCCUUGUUUAUUAUCAUUUUAUGAGAAAAAGUUUGCAGUAUAUUGUAUUCAUUUGUAUUGUAAUUAUAAAAAAUAAAUAUUAAUGAAAAUA